AUGCGCAGACGAUCCUCUCUGCGAUCCACGAGUCUCGGCCAGGAAUACGACCUCGGCUACUGUGACGGCGCUACGGUCACAGAGGAGAAGCUCCUCUUCCUCGUCGAGGAGGUGGCCGGUCGGCCCUUGAAGGUCAGGAGCCGCAAGGCCGCCACUGAUACUCCGCAGGACGAGACCCGCCUGGCCUGGCGGUCGGUCCGAACUUAUGUCACCGCAAUCACGGAUCUUUACCGGACGCAGAAGGCCCUCGGAAUGAAUACGCACCCGUCGCCGCGCGAGGACAACUUUGCCGGGGAGGGCUCGACCCGGUGCAUGCCGCUCAUCUUUACGACACGAGCCGGCAAGCAGAACCAGCACGGCCGCCUCGAGACCGCCGGCGCGUAUCGGAAUAGGAACCCGCUAAUCUGCAUCUUGGGUGGCCUCUCGUUCUACCUCUUGUAUCGUUGGGAUCUCGGUAGUGAGCCGUUUCCCGAUUUCAGCAGGCGGUCCUCGUGGUACGACAUCCGGCUAAUCAAGGGUAACGGCACCGGCCGGACGGCGGCUUUCUCGUACAACUCACAGCGCGAGUGGGUUGUCAAGGCCUUCGCCUACGCCGGCGUCACGUCGCAGAAGAAGACGCAUGAGCAGAUGGUCGGCUGUUACCUGAACUCGUUGCCUCGCAAGUUCAUGCGUACGAUGGCCGGGCACCCGCCGCAGGCCGGAUGCUUCGAGAUACGCCGUGCCGGCGUGACGCCGCCGGAGGUCCUGCUCUCGAUGAUCUGGCCCGAGCUGGACCGUUGGCGAGGCCGGUUCGGUCCCGGUACCGAGCAGGAGAACGACCUGGCAGCGAUGGGUUCGACGAACCUCAUCUUCUAUUUACGGGAGGUUGUCUUGCAGGAUUCCGUUGUCCUGAUGAAGAAAUACCCCGGCAGCCCCGUUUGGAACCACCCGGUCUUCCGGCAUCCGGCCUACGCCCCGUUCGCGCACCAGCUAUCGGACUUCAUCCUUGAAGAGGAGCGUCCAAGCCAGCUUGCAGUCCUAGUCCAGGCGAUGCCGGUCCUCGCGGACUAUCUUAAAUCCAUCGACGCGCGGAACGAAGCAAGGACGAUCCAGCUUAAAACAGAGCUAAGCGAGCAGCUUCGAGCCACCGAAGAACGUCUUGCGGUAGCCCAGUCGUCCCUUUUUUCGAAUGGUUUCAACUUCCAAGUUACGGCCGCGACGACCACCACUGCCACCACGGCCCCGGCCGUGCCGUGCCACGAGCCGACGGCGACAGAUACGAUCACGGUUAAGACAGAGCCACCGCCACGGUAUCAGAUGUGCCGAGCAGUAAAAAUGGUCGAGGCGCUCUGGAGCGAGUGGACGGUUGGCCUUCGAGGCGGGCCAGCCAUUGCCGACCUCGACGGUAGAUGGGAAGCCGGUGGCGCGCCGGGCGACAAAAUGAAUUGCAGUGGUAUUCGUUACGGCUCGAGGUUAUAA